AUGAGCAGGCAGGACGAAGUCUUUGAAGCCGUAGACUCGCUCGUGACGGGCUUUCGUACAGAACUUGCACGGUCAUUGCAAGCAGCAACGGCGAACAACGACAGGCGCUCUUCCCGCCCCUCGCUCGGCGCACGCAUCGCCGAGUCCAUCGCUCCCUCCUCGACUUCCGCCCCACCCACCCCCUCAGGCUCCUCAUCCGGCUUUCCAGGCGUCUCGAGACCCGCCUUCGCACGACCAGCGAGUCACCACACCCCUUUCUCGCACGGCGCAACACACCAGAGCUUCCCUCUCGACCCUGCUCUCUCAAAUCCGGGCACGUCCUCCUCGACCGCCUCAACUUCUGCCGCUGCGAACCCCGACGCCCUCCCCGGCUACUCUCGACGACCACCUAUCCUUCCCUACCUCACCGCCGGCCUACCCGCGAAACGCCUGCAUGUCCUCAACUCCAAGUCGGGCAAGUUGAACCUCGAAGUGCAGGCGCGAGGGCGGGACCAGAUGGUGUUGAUCCAGGAGGUACCCGAUGGAGAGGCGCAUCUUGAUGGCUUGUUGAGGGUGUCGCUUAAGGAACCGGAGUCGAUCACGCAUGUCAAGAUCCGGCUGAAAGGGAUGGUUCGGACGCUGGUCAUGAAGGCGCAUGCGAGUGGACGCCAUCCCGUCUCGGACGAGGUCGUCUUCUUCGAGGAUGGCAGGACGUUGUGGACUGCCUCAGAUGGCGAUUUGCGCCAGCAACUCCCGCUCAACCAUUCGCCCGACCCGACCAAGCUCCAAGGCACCUUCAGCUUCCCCUUCUCCCUCACGAUUCCAGGCCGCUUGACCGCCAUGGCCGACCGCGACCAAACCUUCGACCGACCUAUCCGCCCUCCUCCCUCGUUCAUGCUCGACGCAGCGACGACCUCGUCUUCCGCUCGCAACGACAAUGGCGCGACAGCAGGUUUGCGAACAGGCGGACUUUCGACUGGCGGCUUCGAAGCAUCGUGUCGGUAUUACUUGAAGGUCACGCUCGGCCGACGAGGUCUCCUCAAACUCAACGAACGAUGGAUCAUCCCCGUCGUCUUCAUCCCCCGCCAGCCUCCUCCACCCAUCCCUUCUCCCCUUCGUGAACGCGCCAUCCGGCUCGGCAUCCGCCCGCCGCACUCGAACGAAGACCCGGACUCGUGGACUGAGCGAGGGAAGUACAGGCAGCGAGCGGCGGUGCGGAAGGGUGGAGGAGGAGGGUUCUGGAAGACGGCGAAGAUGGGGUGGGUUGAGGUUGAAGGGAGGAUCCCGAGGCCGCAGAAGUUUCCGAAGGGCGCGGGAGAGAGGAUCCAGUUCGAGGUGCAGAUCACGUCCUCGGAUCCGACUGGCAUCAGCCGCUUCGGGCCAAUCACGGUUGCUGUGACUCUCCUGCAACGCACCAUUGCUACCGCACAGCGACUCUCGAGUUCGCACGACCGGGUCGUCCUGACUGCCUCGUCGGUUCGAGCAGUCGGGCCGUCGACGGGCGUUGCGGUCCAGAUUGGCCAGACGGGCGAGAUGGGCUCGAGGAUCACAUAUGGCGGCUCGUUGGUGCUUACUCCGUCGAUUGUCGCUUCCUUCCGCGCUCCGAACCUCCAAGUCGCCUACCUUCUCUGCGUUACGCUCUACGAACCCGCCAAGAACCCGGCCUUCACCACUCACACCCACCUCGCCUCGGUCGCCAUCCCGCUCGAGAUCGUCUCUUGCGCACUGCUCCCGCCCGUUGGAGACGGUCCAGCAGACCCCGACAUGCUCGGCCCGCCGCCUCCGCCGCAACAGCCUCCAUCGCAGCCUCAGUUCGGCGCGCGACCUCCUGAGAAGGCUGCGGCACCUCCGCCUCCAGCAGCUGCACCAAGUGGCUUUGGCGCGGCGGGACCUUCUGGCUCCACCGCGACUGCGUCACCGGCACCCCCAGCUCUCCCGCCUCGCACCGCUUCCAGCGUCUCGAACCCCAUGAUCGACGAAGCCGAGGAGCGCAGGCUCGAGGAGGAGUACGGGCUGCCGCCGAGCUACUUCGACGUUGUCGGCGUCGAGGGAGAGGGGAGAGGAGGGCGAUGA